AUGAUGAAUGAGAUGUCACGGCAUAUAGGGGCUCUGCAGAAGGGCCCAGUCCUGCCCCCGGUUGGGGUUUUGCAGCUCAUAGAUCAGAAGGAAAGCCUCGACACAACAGUCCCUUUGCCAAACAGGUCUCUUAAUGCUGAGGUUACUACAUCAGUUAAUCCGAAGGGGACCACAAAGGAGCAGGAUCUGCCCCUGGUUGAGGUCUUGCAGCUCAGCGAACAGAAGAAAAACCUUGACACAUCGGGGCUUCUGCCAAAGAGGACUAUCUUUGCUGAGGAUUCUAAAACAGUUAAACUGAAGGGGGCACCGAAGUACCCAAGGAUCUACGAGCUCCUGAAGCAGCGAGUGGAGAAGUGCCCAGUCGCUCCCAUCCCACGAGAGUGGCUGGACUCAGUCGGUGACCGAAUCCCGCAGCAGCUGAAAGAGAACGCUCAGUCCAAGAAACAGCUGAAGGAGCUCUACACGGAACUCUGCAACAACUUCAGCAUUGCUCUGAUCACACACAACGUUGACUCUACAAUAAAGAAUCCGGAUAAGACGCUUUGCUCAGAAGAGCAGGAAGCUCCUCGCGCAAGAGCUGUUGUUGUCUCCCCGCAUUGGCACAAGACGUUUAUCAGAAACUGCCAGUUGAUGGAAAGUAACUUGCACAUUUCUCAUCCGGUCCUCCGGGCAAUUUCGGAUUUGGGGAACAUGACAUUUUUCACGCUGGUCCUGGUCGAUCUUCCCGGAUGCCGGCAUUCCGGACCCGUGAACUAUGGCAGUCUACAGGAAAAAAUGGCCGACGGGUGUAGAAGAACAGAGGAGCAUGUCAUGAAAGUCUGGUAUCACAAUGUCAUCCACCUGCUUACCAAGAAAGAAUACAUGGAUGACAUUACAGAUGCAUUGGAUUCCUUCUAUAACUGUGCCUCCACCCUCAUCUCCAACCAGAUGAAAGCCAUGCUUCAGAGGAACGUGGAGGAGCUUGCCGAGCUGUUCGAGCCGAGAAACGAACACCUCUUGCCCAUCUUCAGUCUGGCCUUGACCUUUGAUGAUGAGAAGAUCGAAAUGUACCCCCCCUCACAAGAUCUGAAAGAAUAUGUUUUGGGGAUUCUCGAUUCCAUCACAACUACAAUGCAGAGAGUCCCGACGAUCCAGUCCUGGCUGGGAGACAACAGGCCUUCAUAUGUUGAUGCUGAAGUGCCUGCACCCAUCACAUCCUGGGCUCAAGAUAUACUAAAGGCGUGUGUGUGCAGGAAUAUGAAGGAUCCUGAGAAACAUCUCAACACCUAUGUCGAAAAGUACGGCUGGCUCGUCAAUGGAACUGCAAAGGCGGAUGUGGAGAAGUUCAUGGAAGAGGAGCACUCUUUUGACGAGUACAACAAGCGGAUAGAAGACUUUCAUGCUCUGCAGUUUGAGAUUCUGAGCUUGCCAAAAGAAGUCAUCAUCUCACUGGUCUAUCUGAACUGUGAGGAGCUGAGGAACGGGCUCGCCAGCACAGCCAAGAGCUACGCUGAGAUACUUCGACAGAAGAUGCUCAGCAGCUACCGCAAGCAGAAUCUACAGAUCUGUUCGGAGUUUGAAAAGAUCAGAGAGAAAGCUCUGAUUGUACCCAAGACGACGGAGGACAUAGCUCAGAUGGUUGAGUUCAUCGAUUUCAUUAAAAAAAAGGGUGCUGCACAACUGGAACAAAAAGUUGAUGAUGCCCGCUUCAAUAUGAUGAUGCUCUUUGAUUACGCCAUCUUUGACAAUGAGGAUCUGGUCCUUAAUAGCAUUCUCAUAAGGUGGCCAGAGAAAAUCCAGCACGUCUUAGAACUCAAUGAGGAUAUCCUCUUCACGUCCAAGCAGAAAGGAGUGGAAGAGAUGUUUUCCAAAAGACAGGCGAUAUCCACACAGCUGCGGAAGCUGGAAAUUAGAGUCGACGACAUCCAAUAUUACUCCGAGCUGGACCAGACGAUUGAGUAUAUCACCGAUGUGCUGAAGGUUCGGGAACUUCUCCAUGAGACUGAGAGGAACAUCAACUCCCUUAACAAGGAGGAGGCCGUCUAUGAAUUGGAACUCAUAACUUUCCCGGAGCUUGAUAUCAUGAGAGAGAACAUUACAACGUACCACAGGCUGUUUGAGCUUGCACAGAAGUGGCAGAACACAGAGAAAAGCUGGAUGGAUGGAAUCUUCACAGAGCUCGAUGGGCAGAGCAUGGAGGUAGAGAUGGAUGAGUUCUACAGGGAGAUCUACAAGAUGCUGAAGAAGUUCCAGAAGAAACAGAGAGAGCUCAAGCAAGAGGCCGAGAAGAAGAACAAGAAGGCUCAUCCGCAACCGAAGCAGCAGGAGUCUCCCACAGAACUUUUCUGCUCCACUGUAUUGGCGCAGAUCAAACUGUUCAAGGAGCACAUCCCCUUGGUGACCACCUUGUGCAAUCCAGGCAUCAGAGGCCGCCACUGGAAGCAGAUGUCAGAAAUCUUUGGGGGCGACCUCACCCCCGACCCUCGUACGAAACUACGCAACGUCCUCAAACAGAACCUGGGUCCUUGCCUGGCGAAGUUUGAGGUCAUCAGUGCUGCUGCUACCAAAGAAUUCUCCUUGGAGAAGGCGGUGCAAGCCAUGUCAAUCGUUUGGGACGACAUUUCUUUCAACCACCAACCGUACAGGGAGACGGGAAUAUCCAUCCUGGUUUGCUGGGAUGAUAUUCAGACAACUCUAGACGACCAGAUUGUUAAGACUCAGACGAUGAAGGGCUCGCCUUUCAUCAAGCCCAUUGAGGAGGAGAUCAAGGAAUGGGAGAUGGGCCUGCUUCACAUCCAGGAGACCCUGGAUGAGUGGCUGAAGGUACAGAGUUCGUGGCUCUACCUGGAGCCCAUCUUCUCCUCUGAGGACAUCAUGCAGCAGAUUCCAAAGGAGGGAAAACUUUUCCAAAUUGUGGACAAAUCCUGGAAAGAAAUCAUGAAGCACUGCGUUAAGAAUUCUAAGGUUUUGCCAGCAACUUCAAUGCCUGGUUUGUUAGAAAAACUGAUCGAGUCCAACAACCUCCUGGAAGUCAUCAUGAAAGGAUUGAAUGCCUAUCUGGAGAAGAAACGUCUCUUCUUCCCACGGUUCUUCUUUCUGUCCAAUGAUGAAAUGCUGGAGAUCCUGUCUGAGACCAAAGACCCUCUGCGGGUGCAGCCCCAUCUCAAGAAGUGCUUUGAGGGCAUUUCCAAGCUGGACUUCCUUUCCAAUCUGGAUAUCCAGGCAAUGUACAGCAGUGAGGGGGAGCGAGUACAGCUAAUACGCAAUAUUUCUACGUCAGAUGCCAAAGGAGCUGUGGAGAAGUGGUUGUUGCAGGUGGAGGACAUGAUGAUUCAAAGUGUCAGGGACCAAGUCGCCCAGUCCAGACUGGCCUAUGCUGACACCGAGCGGAACCAGUGGGUGAAGGAGUGGCCUGGGCAGGUGGUGCUCGCCACCUCCCAGAUUUUCUGGACUACGGAGGUGCAUGAGGCCAUCUUCAAGAAUGCUUUGAAGGAGUACUACGAGCAACUCCAGGUGCAGCUGACGGAUGUCGUGCAGCUGGUGCGAGGGAAACUGCCCAAACAAACCAGGACCACGUUGGGAGCACUGGUCACGAUUGAUGUCCACGCCCGGGAUGUGGUCAUGGAGCUGAUCGAGAAAGGCGUUUCGAAUGAAACAGACUUCCAGUGGCUCGCCCAGCUGCGUUACUACUGGAAUAACGAUAACGUUCGUGUUCGCAUCAUCAACUGUGACGUGAAAUAUGCCUACGAGUACUUGGGGAACUCACCCCGUCUGGUCAUAACCCCACUGACGGACAGAUGCUACAGAACGCUGAUCGGAGCUUUCUUCCUGAAUUUGGGCGGUGCACCCGAGGGUCCGGCAGGAACAGGAAAGACCGAAACCACCAAAGAUCUUGCCAAAGCUCUCGCCGUGCAGUGCGUGGUCUUCAACUGUUCAGAUGGACUGGAUUACAUCGCUAUGGGAAAAUUUUUCAAGGGUCUCGCCUCAUCUGGUGCGUGGGCCUGCUUUGAUGAGUUCAACCGUAUCGAGCUGGAGGUGCUGUCAGUGGUGGCCCAGCAGGUUCUCUCCAUCCAGAGAGCGGUUGGGCAGAACCUGGAGGAGUUUGACUUCGAGGGUACAAUACUAAAGCUCAACCCCAACUGCUUUGUGUCCAUCACGAUGAAUCCUGGCUAUGCAGGACGUUCAGAGCUCCCAGACAAUCUCAAGGUGUUGUUCCGAACGGUCGCCAUGAUGGUCCCCAACUACGCCCUGAUUGCAGAGAUCUCCCUGUACUCAUACGGUUUCCUCAAUGCCAAACCACUGUCAGUGAAGAUAGUGAUGACCUACAGGCUCUGUUCAGAGCAGCUCUCGUCCCAGUUCCAUUAUGAUUAUGGUAUGAGAGCUGUCAAAGCCGUGCUCGUGGCUGCAGGAAACCUCAAGCUGAACUUUCCGGAUGAGAACGAGGACAUACUGCUCCUCAGGUCCAUCAAGGAUGUUAAUGAGCCCAAGUUUCUCGCCCAUGAUAUUCCGCUAUUCAACGGCAUCCUCAGUGACUUGUUCCCCGGCAUCACCCUCCCCGAGGCGGACUAUAAGCUGUUCCUGGAGGCUGCUGGAGAUUGUUGUGAGAAACACAACCUCCAGCAAACAGACUUCUUCCUAACGAAGAUGAUUCAGACCUAUGAGAUGAUGAUCGUUAGGCACGGAUUCAUGCUGGUGGGAGAGCCCUUUGCCGGAAAGACCAAAGUGCUGCACGUUCUCGCUGACACUCUGACUCUCAUGAAUAAGAGAGGGUGCGAGGAGGAGAAAGUCAUCUUCAGGACAGUGAACCCAAAGGCCAUCACCAUGGGGCAGCUCUUUGGACAGUUUGACCCAGUUUCCCAUGAGUGGACCGACGGGAUUGUGGCCAACACGUUCCGUGAGUUCUCAGCUUCCGAGACACCGGACCGCAAGUGGGUGGUGUUUGACGGUCCCAUAGAUACACUGUGGAUUGAGAGCAUGAACACCGUGCUGGAUGACAACAAGAAGUUGUGCCUGAUGAGUGGCGAGAUCAUCCAGAUGUCCAAUCAGAUGAAUCUAAUAUUCGAGGCAAUGGAUCUAUCACAGGCCUCACCUGCCACGGUCAGUCGGUGUGGUAUGAUCUACAUGGAGCCAUCUCAGUUGGGCUGGGAGCCUUUAGUCAUCUCCUGGAUAAACACGCUUCCUGAAAUUCUGCAGAGCGAGGACAACCGCUCGCUGAUGAUGGAGCUCUUCCAUUGGCUCGUGCCGCCUGCCCACAGGACGCUGCACAAACUCUGCAGGGAGGUUGUUCCCACCAGCGACAGCAACACUGUGGUGUCCUUGUGUCGACUGUUUGAGAUGCUGCUCACUGAGCCCAUCGACAGUGAUUCUGCGGAUGAACACAUUCGCACCUGGAUCAUGGCUGCUUUUACCUUCUCCAUGACGUGGUCAGUGGGCGGCAGCUGUGAUACAGACAGCCAAGGGGUUUUCAGCGAGUUCUUAAUGACGAUCCUCUCAGGAAAAUCUGAGGAAUUCCCAGUCCCGGAAGCUGUGGGGAAAUGGGAGUGUCCAAUGGAUGCGGAGGGCACAGUCUAUGACUACUUCUAUGAGUUCAAAAGAAAAGGCCGCUGGGUUCAUUGGAAUGACACCAUCAGGAACAUCGAGCUGGGGGACAAAACGACCAAAGUGCAAGACAUCAUCGUUCCCACCAUCGACACGGCUCGCUACACCUACCUUAUUGACCACUGCAUCAACAAUGGAGUACCCUCCCUGUUUGUUGGUCCUACCGGUACCGGGAAGUCAGUGUAUGUGAAGGAGAAACUGAUGAACCACCUGGACAGAGAUCGCUUUGUCCCCUUCUUUGUCAACUUUUCAGCACGGACAAGCGCAAACCAAACCCAGCAUAUCAUCAUGUCCAGGUUGGACAAGAGGAAGAAGGGAGUGUACGGGCCCCCGGUGGGAAAGAAGUGUGUGAUCUUUGUGGAUGACAUGAGCAUGCCUGCUCUGGAGCAGUUCGGAGCGCAGCCUCCUGUGGAGCUUCUUCGACAGUACAUGGAUCACAAGAACUGGUACGAUCUGAAGGAAACCACCAAAAUCUCCCUCGUCGACCUCCAGCUCUUAUGCGCUAUGGGCCCCCCUGGUGGCGGGAGGAACGCAGUGACGGCUCGCUUCCUGCGACAUUUCAACAUUUUUGGCAUCAACGCCUUCAGUGAUGACACCAUGGUUCGCAUCUUCUCCAAUGUGAUGUCCUUCUAUCUGAAAAACAACGAAUUCCCUUCUGACUGUUUCUGUGUUGGCACCAAAAUAGUGACGGCUACCAUGGAGGUGUAUAAGAAAGCCAUGGAGAACCUGCUUCCAACUCCAGCCAAGUCUCACUACACAUUCAACCUGCGAGACUUCUCACGCGUCAUCCAAGGCUGUCUGCUGCUGAGGAAGGAGUCUCUGCAGAACAAAAACACCAUGAUAAGCUUGUUCGUCCACGAGGUCUUUCGGGUCUACUACGACCGUCUGGUGGACGACAAAGAUCGAGCUUGGCUCUACCAGCUGAUGAACAGCAUCCUCAACGAUCACUUCAGCGAGAAUUUUGUUGAGGUGUUUGAUAACCUGAAGCAAGGAAGUGAACUGGUUGAGGAGGACAUGAGCAACCUUAUGUUUGGCGACUACAUGCAGCCUGACCUGGAGGAUGAUGAGCGCAUGUACUCUGAGGUGCCCUCGAUGGAGGACUUCUCUCAGGUGGUGGUGUCGUGCCUCAGCGAGUACAACCAGACGCACAAGAACCACAUGAACCUCGUCAUCUUCCGCUACCUCCUGGAGCAUCUGUCUCGCAUCAGCCGCGUGCUGAAGCAGCCAGGAGGCAAUGCCCUGCUCGUGGGAGUGGGAGGCAGCGGGCGUCAGUCCAUCACACGCCUGGCUGGGUCCAUGGCCCACAUGACCCUGUUCCAGCCUGAGAUCACAAAGAACUACAGCAUUGCGGAUUGGAGGGAUGAUCUCAAGAUGCUGCUGAAAAAUGCUGGGCUCAAGGGGCAGAAGACGGUGUUCCUGCUAACUGACACUCAGAUCAAGGAAGAGGCUUUUCUGGAGGACUUGGACAGUGUCCUGAACACAGGAGAGGUGCCCAAUAUGUUUGCCAUGGACGAGAAGCAAGAGAUUAUCGAGACACUGCGUCCCCUUGCCGAGGGUGGGAAUAAGAAGCUUGAGUUGAGCCCUCUGGCUCUAUUUGCGUUCUUCGUGUCCCGCUGCAAAGAGAACCUGCACAUUGUCGUGGCCUUCAGUCCCAUUGGAGAUGCCUUUCGAACUCGCCUGCGCCAGUUUCCAUCUCUCAUCAACUGCUGCACUAUCGACUGGUUCCAGCCGUGGCCCGAGGAGGCUCUGGAGCGGGUGGCCAAUUCCUUCCUGGAGUCAGUGGGGAUGAGUGAGGGCGAGAGGCAGGACGUCAUCCCCAUCUGCAAAUCCUUCCACACCUCGGCCAUACAGCUCUCGACCAGGUUCCUCUCUGAGCUUGGCCGUCAUAAUUAUGUGACGCCCACUUCCUACCUGGAGCUGCUCGCGGCUUUCCGUCAGCUCCUCACUCAGAAGCGACAGGCUGUCAUGGGGGCCAAACAGAGAUAUAUCAACGGUCUGGAUAAACUGGCCUUCGCUGAGUCUCAGGUUGGUGCGAUGAAGAAGGAGCUUGUGGACCUACAGCCGAAGCUGGAGGUGGCAAAGAUAGAGAACGCCAAAAUGAUGAAGGUGAUUGAGAAGGAGUCUGUGGAGGUAGAGGCCAAAAGCAAAGUGGUCCGUGUUGAUGAGGAGGCGGCGACUAUUAAAGCCAACACAUCUCAGGCUCUGAAGGAUGAUUGUGAGAGCGACUUGGCCGAGGCCAUCCCCGCCCUGAAAGCUUCCGUCGCGGCCCUGAACACUUUGAAACCCUCCGAUGUCACAAUCGUGAAGUCGAUGAAGAAUCCCCCCCCAGGUGUGAAGCUGGUGAUGGCAGCCGUGUGUGUGAUGAUGGAAUCGAAGCCGGACAGGAUACCAGAUCCAUCUGGGAGUGGGAAAAUGAUUUUUGAUUACUGGGGUCCAAGCAAGAAGCUUCUCGGGGACAUGAACUUCCUACGAGAUCUGAGGGAGUAUGACAAAGACAACAUUCCUGCGGCUGUGAUGCUACAGAUCCGUAAUGAGUACAUGACUCAGUCCGGCUUUGAUGCAGCUAAAGUGGCAAAGGCUUCUUCUGCAGCAGAGGGGUUGUGCAAGUGGAUAAAAGCAAUGGAGGUGUACGACAGGGUUGCGAAGCUCGUAGCCCCAAAGAAGGCCAGCCUGGCAGAGGCGGAGGGUUCACUGUCGGCCACCAUGGCCCUGCUGGAUGAGAAGCGAGGCCAGCUGAAGGAGGUCGAGGACCGAUUGGCUGAUCUCACGAAAACCUUUGAGGAUAAAACGGAGGAGAAGGCUCAGCUGGAGAUCCAAGUGGAUCUGUGUGCCAAGAAGCUGGAGAGGGCUGAAAAACUCAUCGGUGGUCUGGGUGGAGAGAAGACCAGGUGGUCCGAGGCAGCAGAUAACCUGCAGAACACAUACGACAACCUGACUGGAGAUGUUCUCAUCUCAGCUGGGGUCAUCGCCUACCUCGGGGCUUUUACCGCCGGCUUCAGGCAGGACUGCACCAAGACGUGGACCGAGCUCUGCCAGUCCAAGAACAUUCCGUCAUCAGAUGACUUCUCUCUCAGUAAGACCCUGGGAGAUCCCAUCAAGAUCAGGGCCUGGAACAUCGCAGGUCUCCCCAGUGACUCCUUCUCCAUCGACAACGGCGUCAUCGUCAGUACUUCACGACGAUGGCCCUUGAUGAUUGACCCUCAGGGCCAGGCCAACCGGUGGGUGAAGAAUUCCGAGAAAGACAACGACCUGAGUGUGAUCAAGCUGACAGAUGAGGACUACAUGAGGACUCUGGAGAACUGCAUUCAGUUUGGAACUCCCGCGCUGCUGGAAAAUGUUGGAGAGGAGCUGGACCCGUCACUGGAGCCACUGCUGCUCAAACAGACCUUCAAGCAAGGUGGUGUGGAUUGCAUCAAGCUGGGGGACAGCGUGAUUGAGUACUCACCCAACUUCUUUCUCUACAUCACCACAAAGCUGAGGAACCCUCACUACCUACCGGAGCUGUCCACCAAGGUUUCCCUGCUGAAUUUCAUGAUCACCCCAGAGGGCUUGGAGGACCAGCUGCUGGGUAUUGUGGUGGCCAAGGAGAGGCCCGAGCUGGAGAAGGCCAGGAACGCACUGAUCCUGCAGUCGGCUGACAAUAAGAGGCAGCUGAAGGAGAUCGAGGAUCAGAUCCUGGAGACGCUGCAGUCUUCUAAGGGAAACAUCCUGGAGGACGAGAGUGCCAUUCAGAUUCUGGACUCGGCCAAGGUCAUGUCCGAAGAAAUCUCCAAUAAACAGAAGAUCGCAGAGAAGACAGAGAUCGAGAUUGCAACGUCCAGGGAGGGUUACCGAGACAUUGCCAAGCAUUCCUCUGUGCUGUUCUUCAGCAUGGCCGAUCUGACCAACAUCGACCCCAUGUACCAGUACUCCCUGAACUGGUUCGUCAACCUCUACGGCAAGUCCAUCAAAGACAGUGCAAAGUCCAACGACCUGCCCAAGAGGCUGAAGAUCCUGGUCAACCACUUCACCUACAACCUGUACUGCAACGUGUGUCGCUCCCUGUUUGAGAAGGACAAGCUCCUCUUCUCCUUCCUCCUCUGCGCCAACAUACAACUGGAAAAGAAGAACAUUGAGUACUCGGACUUCAUGUUCCUGCUGACUGGAGGAGUCGGGCUGCAGACGACCGUCCCCAACCCCGACCCCAGCUGGCUCCAGGACAAAAGCUGGGAUGAGAUACUUCGAGCCAGUGUGCUGCCAGGACUACAGGGACUAAGUGACGCCUUCAUCAAGUCUCCAGGGGACUUCAAGACUCUUUACGACAGCAAAGAGCCUCACAACACCCCCCCGCCUGCACCGUGGUGUGAUCGACUCAACGGCCUGCAGAAAAUGAUCAUUGUUCGGUGUCUCCGUCCCGACAAGAUGGUGCCGACUGUGACCAAGUAUGUGGCCGGCGAGCUGGGGAAGAAAUACGUGCAGCCGCCUCCCUUCGACCUGAGUAAAAGUUACCUGGACUCCAACGCCACCAUCCCGCUGGUGUUUGUGUUGUCCCCCGGAGCUGAUCCCAUGGCCAGCUUAAUUAAGUUUGCCACUCAGAAGGGAAUGGAUGGGGCCAGGUUCCAGUGCAUCUCUCUGGGUCAGGGCCAGGGCCCCAUCGCGGCUAAGAUGAUCUCCACAGCCAUGAAGGAGGGGGCGUGGGUGUGUUUACAGAAUUGCCAUCUGGCGGUUUCUUGGAUGUCCUCCCUGGAGAAAAUCUGCGAGGCCUUCUCUGAGUCAACAUGCAAUCCUGACUUCCGCCUGUGGCUCACAAGCUACCCUUCACCCAAGUUUCCAGUGACCAUCCUGCAGAAUGGAGUGAAGAUGACGAACGAGCCUCCUACAGGACUGAAGCUCAACCUGCUUCAGUCCUACUUGACGGAUCCUCUUUCUGACCCCGAGUUCUUCAACGAUACCGAGAAGCACCAGACUUGGGGGAAGCUCCUGUAUGGACUGUGCUUCUUCCAUGCACUUGUUCAGGAGCGGAAGAAGUUCGGUCCACUGGGCUGGAACAUUCCCUACGGCUUCAACGAGUCCGACCUCCACAUCAGCAUCAGGCAGCUACAGCUGUUUGUGAACGGUUACGACGAGGUGCCCUUCGAGGCCAUCCAGUAUCUGACCGGGCAGUGCAACUACGGCGGCCGUGUGACAGACGACUGGGAUCGGCGCCUCCUGGUGACCAUCUUGGCGGAUUUCUACAACAAGGAUGUCAUCGAGAAAUCAAACCACUCUUUCUCCCCUAGUGGACAUUACCAAGCCCCGCCAACAUCGGACUACAAUGGCUACAUCAAGUUCAUGCAGGCCCUUCCAUCCGGCCAGCAGCCAGAGGUGUUCGGGAUGCAUGACAACGUGGACAUUUCCAAAGAUCUCCAGCAGACAAAGUUGCUGUUCGAUUCCCUGCUGCUCGCCCAGGGUGGUGGCGCCAAAGGAGGAGCUAGCUCCGGGAGCGACAACGCACUCUACGACAUCGCAGAUGAUAUCCUUAGCAAGCUGCCGAGUAACUUUGACACGGAGGAGGCUCUGGCCAAGUUCCCGGUGCUCUACAACGAGAGCAUGAACACCGUCCUCGUCCAGGAGAUGGAGCGCUACAACACGCUGUGCGUUGUGAUCCGUCGGAGUCUGCAGAACGUGCUGAAGGCCCUCAAGGGGCUGGUGGUGAUGGACGCGGAGCUAGAGGGCAUUUCCAACAGUCUGGCUGUGGGCAAGGUCCCAGAGCAGUGGGCCAAGCGCUCGUACCCGAGCCUCAAACCCUUGGGCAGCUACAUACUUGACUUCCUCUCGAGGCUGAAGUUCCUGCAGGAUUGGUACGACAGCAACAAACCCGACGUGUUCUGGCUGUCCGGGUUCUUCUUCACGCAGGCCUUCCUUACCGGGGCUAUGCAGAACUACGCCAGGAAGUACAAAGUCCCCAUUGACCUGCUCACUUUCGAUUUUGAGGUUCUUCCCAUCACCGAGUCCGACACGUUUCCCCAGGACGGCGUUUACGUCAAUGGAUUGUUUCUGGAUGGCGCCCGAUGGGACAGAGAAAGUGGAGUUCUGGAUGAGCAGCUUCCAAAAGUCCUGUUCGACACGAUGCCCAUCAUCUGGAUCAAGCCCACUAAAAUGUUAACCGACGACCCGGAGAAACUCUACAUUUGCCCGAUCUACAAGACCAGUGAGAGGAGGGGGAGCCUCUCCACCACAGGCCACUCCACCAACUUCGUCAUCGGCAUGACGCUGCCCACCAUCAAACCCCCUCAGCACUGGAUCAAGCGCGGCGUGGCCUUGCUCUGCCAGCUGGACGAUUGAGCCACAUAAUAAAACUAAUUGUACUCAGGUGGUUCUUGUUCUGCUGGGUUCGAACCCUCAUGGU